UAAAGAUUACAAGUCCACAGAUGUCAAUAUACUUGCUAAAUUAAUUGCCGAUUAUAUAGCGCCUAUCAGUUAAUAACAAAAACCUGAUAAUUUAGUACUUCGGACAUUGUCGUUAAGUGCACAACUGAGACAAGUUAAAGCAGCUGUUCGGAAAUGCGUAUCGCGGUUAUUGGUGGCGGCGUAAACGGCAUCUGUUCAGCCGUGCAGAUCUUGGAGUAUUUGAAAUCCAUCGGCGCACCCGUGGAAGUAACAGUGCUCUCUGAGGCUUUCUCGCCGAAUACUACCGGCGAUGGCUCAGCUGGUCUGUGGGGCCCUUUUCUGCUGGGCGGCACGCCCACAGCGCGAGUGCAUCGCUGGUCAAAACACAUGCACGACUUUCUCGAGCAAAUCUGGUUGUCUGAAGAUGCUGGUGAGGCAGGUGUCUGCCUUAUACCAUGCCUAAGGGUAACAACAACUAAAAUGGAAAAUGAUGUUUUCUGGAAGGAUAUUGUUUAUGGUUGUCGUCAACUUACACAGAACCAAUUGGAUGCGCUUAAUAUAGGGAGAACAAAGAAAUUUACCGAAGGCAUGCACUUCAUUACAUACACCUCUGAGCCGAUUAAGCUGCUUCCUUACUUAAUGAAGCGCUUCGAAGCGAAUGGUGGCAAAAUUGUGCAGCAAAAGAUCGCCAAUUUGGAGGAUUUCAUAACAAACUCCGAUUACGAUGCCAUUAUUAACUGCACGGGUCUCGGUUCGCGUGAGUGCGUAAGAGAUAACGGCAUGUUUCCGAUACGUGGACAAGUUUCGCGCGUGAAAGCAAAUUGGCUGUAUUGUGCGCUGCUGGAUGAGAGCGACGAUGGCAAUUAUAUAAUACCAAAUUGCGAUACCGUCGUUUUGGGUGGCACUCAUCAAGAGAACGACAACAACACAAAAGUAUGUUCGAAUGACAAGGCAUUCAUUGUUAAUGGCUGUCGUAAAAUUUUGCCUGGCCUGGAGCAUGCGCAACAUCUAUACGAUUGGGUGGGGCUACGACCCGGACGCGAAGCGCUGCGUUUGGAGGCAGAGAAAGGAGGCAAAAAAAUCGUCAUACACAACUAUGGGCACGGCGGCAGCGGCGUCACCUUGGCUUGGGGCUGCGCUGAAGACGUGCUGCAGCUGCUGAAAAACGAAUUGCAGGCGCGCCAGCCAGUAAAAUCGAAAUUGUGAAAAAUAAUUAUGGCAAAAUAAUGUGGGAAUUGAAGCUUUAUUUGUAAAUAUCGACAUGUGUAGCCUUUAUUAUUGUUUAAUAAAUUUAUAAAUUUGUAAGUUAUGCGAUAUUAACUGGUUAUAACGAACAACUUGCAAGUCAGAAAAGACGAAAUUUUGUAUAUUUUUUAAGUGGCAAAUAACCUCAAAAAUAGUUUUCAAAUUUAGUAAAUUUCAAUAAACCUAACCUCAAAAUUUGUUAUAGCGAAAUUAGAAAUGAUGAAAGCAAGUUCAAAACAAAUUAUUUUCAAGACAACGAGUGAAUCAAAAAUGAUGAAACUACAUACAAUAACCUCAAAAACUUCCAAGCUAAAUUUAAAAUAUAAUAAACCUAACCUCAAAAUUUUAAAAUAUUUAAAUUAAAAAUAAUAAACAAGCUCAAAAUUUUAAAAUAAAAAUCAAAAAAUAGUGGCAAAUUCUUUAAUAAAAUCAUAAAAAAUGCACAUUUAG